AUGGCAGCGUCAUUGCCACAGCGUUAUCCCAUCAAUGAACCCGACAAGUCGCGCCGUGCUACAGUACCAGCAGACCUACGAUGCCGAGCACAGAGCAUUCCCGUACCAGCUCGAUCAACCAAGAACAUCGCAUUGAUUCGUGUUCCUGACGGCGAAGCGCAAGCGUUCCGUCACCUCGCUCACAGCAUCAUCUCACGAACGUUAGCUCAUGAAACUGAGUACCACCGCAUGCAACGUCCCAAGCUGGAUCAGUGCGACUGGAAGCUAUUGAAACGCCAUAGCGACCUCUCUAUCUACAAACGCCGCGUGGCAAAGCAGCAGGGGCAGGGGCACGCGACGCGACCAUCAGUUGUGUGCGUUGGUUCAAUCCCAGGACAACUUGAAGACAUCCUGUUCGGCUUGCACGCAAAAACGCGCGACGAGAUGCAGGUAGUACUGCCUUUCCUCAGCAAAGGAUACGUAGACUGUGCGCUGUUGGCAAAGCUGGAAGAAGGGUCGUUGACUGACCCGUACCGUCAACUAGCUCUCAAAUGGCAUCGAAGUGACGCUUUCUCCGAGGCCAAGCUCCUGAAAGAUCGUGAUUUGUGCAUCCUUGAGUCCAUGGGCAUCAGUACCGAUGCGCAAGGUGAGCGGUACGCCUACUACCUCAUGCAGAGCGUGGACUAUACCGGGUGCCCACCUCCGCUCGAGACGAGCGACGUUAUCCGAGCGAACGUCAUGGUUUGCUGCAUCUACCGGCAACUGCCAGGGCACCACUUUGUGAACGUGUAUGCUAAAGGAAUGUUCGACUUGGGGGGUGGUGUCCCCAACUAUCUGGUCUACAACACAUCGAGUUCUCUCAUCUUUUCAGUCCUCAGCGCUACCGACUGUGCUGAAGCCAAGCGCCUGACGCUCCUCGCACUGAAAAGAGCAGAGUGCUCCGUGUAUUCCUCGACUGACGAGUUGUCGUCUUUUGACCUCGAAGCUGUUGAAGACACGAGCGAGUCGACUCGAUCAGGCGUCUCCGACUCGACCUCAACGGUCUCGUCCGGCAUUGCAGCCAUGUCUCCAAGUAUAUCUCGUCUACUGUUUACAGGCUCCUGGACAACAGGACAACUAAAACGACGGCAAUCAGGCGCUACAUCCUGCUGCGUGUGCUCGAAGCGACCUGUUCUAGCAUCCAUCACAGGCGCUACACAUCGCACGUGUGGCGUCUGUCUCCGAGGUGUCUGCUCGAAGUGCUAUGUUAAGCGUCAACUGUUAGCCCAUCAGCAGUCUGUGCCCGUCGUGUGCUGUAAAUCGUGUCUACUCAAAGCCAAGCAGCUCCAAGUGAGCCCACUGGACCCGUGCCCAACGCUUUCGAUCGAACGAUGA